UGUCCCACUGCGACUUCCGUACUUUUUAGCAAUGCCAAAAUGGCUUCCACCGUCGACAACGACUUGAUUGAUGAUGAUUUGCCCGAGACUGUAAACCUGCUGAAUAGCCUCGCAGAACAGGUGGCAGCGGUUACCAGCCAUGUUCAAGAGCUGAGCACCAAAGUUAAAGAUGGUGUGUUUCAGACAACAAAGGGUUUGUCAUUUCUGGAUCUUCGCUAUCAUCUGCUGCUCUUCUAUCUUCAAGACCUCACUCACCUGAUCAGCAUCAAGACAGAAGGUGGAAAAAUAAAAGAAAGUGAAGCCUUAACCCGACUUGUAACAGUCAGGACGGUCUUGGAGAAGAUGCGACCUCUUGAUCACAAACUCAAGUACCAAAUUGAUAAACUGGUGCGCACAGCUGUCACUGGUAGUUUGGCUGAAAAUGACCCGCUGCAGCUUCGUCCUAACCCGGAGAAUCUCAUCAGUAAACUGAGUGAGUCUGAAGAUGAAGAGGGCCAGGUAUCAGAGAAGAAAGUGGCCCACUCCGCUGACAAGAAAUACAUUCCACCCAAGAUUGCGGCUGUGUAUUAUGAUGGCGACAUGACAGAAGCAGACAAAAAGAAGGCUCAGAUGGAGCGUCAGCGGCGUAUUGCGUUGAGAAGUUCUGUGAUCCAGGAGCUGCGGCAGCAGUACAGCGACGCGCCCGAGGAGAUCCGUGAAAAACAGGACUUCCAGAAUGAGCGAGAAAGCCGCGCCGAACUACACAGGAAAGAUUUUGAGGAAUCCAUGAUGGUUCGACUGAACGUGCCAAGCCGAGAUAGAAACGGCAAAAAGCGAAGCAUUAUGUCCAUGUCUGGUCAGCUGGGUGGCAUCACACACUUUGGGGACAUUACAGCGCUGACAGGUGGUGAGGGCGGCCAGGAUGCUGAUAACCCUCAGCCCAAGAAAAAGAAGAAGCAGGUCAUGAAGAAGAAAACGAAAAGAAAAGCCUUCAAGAAGCGCAGAUAGACCAGAGUGGAGCUGUCAUUUUGAUGAACUAUAAAUAGUUGAAAUAUGUGGAGUCCCCUCUUCAGCUCAAAUAACCAUUGUUGUGACAAUCAACAAUUGUUACAUAUUAAAUGUCAUGCCAUUAAAUAAAUGCUCAUUUCAAAAUUG